GCCAGGCGCGGACGACGCCGGCGCUGAGGGGGCAGGGAUCUCCAGGGGGCCGUUAGCAGCCUCUGGCAGCUUUUGCAUAUUCAUGAAGCCGAACGAGGCGGGCCGCCCGGGCUUGACUUGGAGAGGUUAUGAAUUAUUCAUGAGUUUGACUUGUUAAAAGAAUCUUGAUACAUUACUACAAUGGCCACUGCUCAGCUCUCUCGCUCUAUCAAAAUUCACAAAGCAUCUAAGGAAACAGUUUUUCCAUCCCAAAUCACUAAUGAGCAUGCAUCAUUGAUAAUGGUGAAGAAACUUUUUGCUACUUCUAUCUCAUGUAUAACAUAUCUAAGGGGCCUGUUUCCAGAGAGCUCUUAUGGAGAACGCCAUUUGGAUGACCUCAGUUUAAAAAUACUUCGAGAAGAUAAAAAAUGUCCGGGGUCACUGCAUAUUAUCAAAUGGAUUCAAGGCUGUUUUGAUGCUUUGGAAAAGAGAUACCUACACAUGGCAGUACUUACACUUUACACAAAUCCCAAGGAACCUGAGAAAGUGACUGAAAUAUACCAGUUCAAAUUCAAAUACACAAAAGAAGGAGCCACUAUGGAUUUUGACAGUAAUACAAGCUUCGAAAGUGGGACAAACAGUGAAGAUGUUAAGAAAGCCAGUGUUCUACUGAUCCGCAAAUUGUACAUACUAAUGCAGAACCUUGGACCCCUUCCUAAUGAUGUUAUACUUACUAUGAAACUCCACUACUAUAAUGCAGUGACUCCUCAUGAUUACCAACCCCCUGGUUUUAAAGAAGGGGUAAAUUCACACUUCCUGCUGUUUGAGGGGGAGCCUGUAAACCUGCAAGUGGGAUUGGUCUCCACUGGCUUUCAUAGCAUGAAAGUAAAAGUCACAACUGAGGCCACCAGAGUGUCUGAUUUGGAGAACAAUCUCUUUCAGGAGAACAGCACAACUGAGAUUGCCCAUCAGGGUCUAGACUUUGAUGAGGAAGAAGAAGAAUGCAGCAAUCAUGUAAGACAAAGCUUUAGUGAGACUCUGUUGCUUCAGUUAAACCUAGCUAACAUUUUCCAGUUCCUACACAGGUUAUAUCACAGUAACAGUCCAAUGGAGUAUGCCAGGUAUAAAACCUAAAACAAAACUAGCUUCUGACCUCAGGGAGUCUUUACUGUAAAAAUGUACUGUCUUCAAGAAGGGAAUAUACUUUGUUAGAUGAAAUUGUCCAUUAUGAGGAGAAGAAAAAGACUUUCCAAUAUAUGAAUUUUAUAAAAGGUACCCAUGAAUUUCUUUCUUCCAUUUAUAGGUAACAUUUUUAGGAUUUAAAAAAUAUUCUAGGUAUUUAUUCAUACUCACUGGAAGUAUAAAUAAGUUCUUGAUUACUGGGAUAAUUGAGUGGUCAGAGGUGGUGGAAAAGAAGUUACAGAUAAUCUCAAGUCAGAGUGAAAACAAAAUGAUAGUCAACUGUUGGUUAUGUGGACAGAGACAAGCUUUGGGCUAGGUCCCUGGGAAAAGUCAGGGAGCUUGUUUGGAGCCACUGGAGCCAAAUAGAUAGGACUCAGCCCUUUACCUUCCUACUUUCUCCAGUAGAGACUAGAGUUGAGUACUUGCGAGGGCCCCACUGUGUCCUAGGUAAAUCCUGUCAUCUAGAUAACAAAGUUUAAUGUGUGUCAACAUUGUAUUAAAAGGAUUCUGAGCUAUACAUAAAGGGUUUUUAGAAUACUUAGUGGGAAGUGAUGCUAUAAAAUCUUUUCAGGAACUAUUUUCAGACUAGGAUGCUAAUUUGUUUGCCUGAGAUAGUUUGAGUCUUCCUUAAAGGGAUAACUAUAGUAAAUAACUUUUGAAUGUUCUUUCUGAUUCUUUAAAUCUGGUGUAUUUCAUAUAUUGAAAGAGGUCUUAUUUCAAUUAAUAUAAAUAAUAUAACCAAACAAGAUUUUUUUUCCAUCUUUAGUAUUUUCACAAUGUCAUACAUGUUAAUGGCUUUAGAGUCUGAUGCAACUUUCUUCUGAAUCUGUUCAAGGAAGAUAUAGCUAACAUAGGCUAGUUUUAAAAAAAUAAAGGUUU